GGUGGCGGCGGCAGCAGCUGUAAAGCCUCGGCUCUGAUCCAAGUCACAGAUUCCAGGAUUCUAAACGCUGGAAGCAUCUUAGAAGUCAGGGCUGGCCAGGCAGAGGCCAGAAAAGUGGCUACAAUGACUUCAGCAGUCCUGGUGGACAUCCAAGAUGAAGUGACCUGCCCCAUCUGCCUGGAGUUCCUGACCGAACCCCUGAGCAUAGACUGUGGACACAGCUUCUGCCAAGCCUGCAUCACUGCAAACAACAAGGAGUCCGUGCCUGGCCAAGACGGGCAGAGCAGGUGUCCUGUGUGCCAGACCAGCUACUGGCUUGGGAACCUGCGGCCCAAUCGGCACCUGGCCAACAUAGCCGAGAGGCUCAGGGAGGUGGUGUUGGGCUCAGGGAAGCAGCUGAAGGUGAUUCUUUGUGCACACCAUGGAGAGAAACUCCAACUUUUCUGUGAGGAGGAUGGGAAGCUCAUUUGCUGGCUUUGCGAGCGGUCUCAGGAGCACCGUGGUCACCAUACAUUCCUCAUGGAGGAGAUAGCCCAGGAGUACCAGGAGAAGUUCCAGGAGUCUCUGAAGAAGCUGAGGCAAGAGCAGCAGGAAGCUGAGAAAUUAACAGCUGUUAUCAGAGAGAAGAGGACAUCCUGGAAGAAUCAGAUGGAACCUGAGAGACACAGGAUCCAGAAACAGUUUGAUCAGUUGAGGAGCAUCCUGGACAAAGAGGAGCAGCGACAGCUGAAGAAGCUGGAGGAGGAGGAGAGGAGGGGGCUGAACAUGAUAGCAGAAGCUGAGGUCGAGCUGGUCCAGCAGAGCCAGUCCCUGAGAGAGCUCAUCUCAGACCUGGAGCGCCGUUGUGAGGGGUCAGCAACAGAGCUCCUGCAGGAUGUGAGUGAUGUUGCGAAAAGGAGUGAGUUCUGGACCCUGAAGAAGCCAGAGGCUCUCCCCACCAAGCUGAAGAGUAUGUUUCGAGCUCCAGAUCUGAAAAAGAUGCUGCGAGUGUUUAGAGAGCUGACAGAUGUCCAGAGCUACUGGGUGGACGUGACCCUGAAUCCACACACGGCUAAUUUAAAUCUUGUCCUGUCUAAGAACCGGAGGCAGGUGCGAUUUGUGGGCGCCCAGCUGUCCGGGUCUCAUCUGGAAGAGCAUUACGGCUGUGGUGUCCUGGGCUCUCGGCACUUUUCCUCCGGGAAGCAUUACUGGGAGGUAGAUGUGGCCAAGAAGACUGACUGGAUCCUGGGGGUGUGCAGUGAUUCAGUGGGACCUGCUUUCUUUUUCAACCAGUUUGCAAACAAUCGGAAUGUUUACUCCCGAUACCAGCCUCAAAGUGGGUACUGGGUGAUUGGAUUACAUCACAAGCAUGAAUAUAGAGCCUACGAGGAAUCGUCCACGUCCCUGCUCUUAUCCAUGACAGUGCCCCCUCGCCGCAUUGGGGUGUUCUUAGACUAUGAUGCCGGCACAGUCUCCUUUUACAAUGUCACCAACCACGGCUUCCCCAUCUACACCUUCUCUAAGUAUUACUUUCCUACAACCCUUUGUCCAUAUUUUAAUCCUUGCAACUGUGUGUUCCCGAUGACUCUGCGUCGCCCAAGCUCUUAAACUUUCUGAGUUUAUACCCUGUACUCCAAGCCUCUCCUCAUCUCAGUUUAUCCUUUCUUUCCUGUUGACCAUUUGGUGAAGAUUUUUCUUUGUUGAUGCAGUAUUAGAAAAUACUGUUCUAUCUGAUGUCAGUUUAUGUACUGAAUGGAAAAUUGAGUUUCAACAUGUGUUGUGUCUAUAAUUACUGAGAUAACUAUAUGUCAUUUUUAUUCUGUUACUGACUAUAUUGAUUUGUUUUCAUUUUAAAACCAACACAAAUUUCUGGAAUAAACCACUGUUAUUAUUCAUAGGCAAUACUGGAUUUGUUUUUGCUCAUAUGUUGUUUAGGUUCUGUUUUCAUCUCU